AUGAAUUAUUUACAAAUAGAAAGCGCUGAAGAAAUUGAUGAAUUCAAUUUUGUUUAAGCAAAGAAAAAAAUAAAGAAACCAAGAAGAAUAAUAUAUUAGCCUAAAGUUACAUAACCUAUACCUGUAUAAUCUACUGAUACGGUAGGUCCUGAUAUUGCAAAACCAUAAUAAACAAUUUUGGAUAUUAUAUUGUACAAUUUGCCAUAUAGUGAAUUAUAUGAACGAUCAAUAAUGCAUAGAGAAAACAUUAAUAUUGUGUUAUCUGCAUUUAAGUCUCACAUAAUUAUAACAGUGUCAACAGAUGGAUUUAUAAAGAUGUGGAGAAAAGUGUUUAGAUUGGUUGAAUUCAUUAAACAUUUUAGAGCACGCACAGCAAUUGUCACCUGUGUUACAUUAACUGAUGGACAUGACAAGAUGGCAAGUGUGUUUCCAGCUGAACAAUCAAGAUUUUUGAUAUUUAGAAUUAAGAUUUAUUAGAUAUGA